UCGCGCCCCGUCGUGUCGCGCCGGUGACAGUCGCUCCCCGAAGCCGGCGGUGACUGAGCCGGGGGCCGGGGCCGGGCGCGGGCUGAGGGCAGGCGUCCGGGGCCGGGGCCGGGGCCGGGGCCGAGUCCAGCCUGAGACGGGGCCGGGGCCGGGGCAUGGACGCGGCCAAGAUGGACGAGAAUGAAUGGACGUACCACGGGGAGGGCAACAAGAGCCUGGUCGUGGCGCACGCGCAGCGUUGUGUGGUACUACGGUUUUUGAAGUUUCCACCAAAUAGGAAUAAGACUUCGGAGGAAAUAUUUCGCCAUCUGCAGAACAUAGUGGACUUUGGCAAAAAUGUCAUGACAGAGUUUUUUGGGGAGAAUUACGUCCAUCACGGGGAGGUAGUUCAGCUCCCUCUGGAUUUCGUGAAGCAGCUCUGUUUAAAGAUCCAGGCUGAGAGACCAGAAUCUCGCUGUGAUAAAGACCUGGACACUCUGAGUGGUUAUGCAAUGUGCCUUCCAAACCUCACCAGACUACACACCAGCCACUUUGCAGAACACCGGCCCAUUCUGUGUGUGGAGAUUAAGCCAAAAUGUGGAUUCAUUCCCUUCUCCAGGCAUGUGACCCAGGAGAUGAAGCACAAAGUAUGUCGGUACUGUAUGCAUCAGCACCUGAAGGUGGCAACUGGCAAAUGGAAACAGAUCAGUAAAUACUGUCCCCUAGACCUCUUCUCAGGAAAUAAACAGAGAAUGCACUUUGCCUUGAAGAGUUUGUUACAGGAAGCACAGAACAACCUAAGAUCUUAAGGUAAGAGUAAUGGCGAGCUCAUCUACGGCUGCGGGGACCACCGGGAUGCAGCUGCAGACUGGAGUGAGCUAGCCCGCCACCUGAAGCCCUUCUUCUACCCUUCCAACGGGCUGGUCAGCGGGCCACACUGCACCAGGACGAUCAUCAAAGAGCUUAUCCAUGUGAUCACACUGACCUUGCUCACGAGCACGGAUAAGUGCCGGGCCGGGGACAUGAAGGUCGUGCCCUCCUCGCAGGGCCGGAGCUGCUGCGAGGCCAGCCCUUUCAGCAAGGAGCAGCUGAGAAACGGUAAGAACCACGCGGAGGGCUCGGGGCUGCCCAGGGGCUGUCUGCUGUACAAGACCCUGCAGGCCCAGGAUGCUGGAUCUGCUGACAUUUAGGGCCUUUAUCCACCUCUACCGCCGCGCUUGAGCGACACUUGCAGGACAUUUCACGAGGAGAGGGACCUGCUGCAGAUAGACGGCCCUUACGACGAAGCCUUUUACCAGAAGCUCCGGGACCUCUCCACAGAGGACGAUGGCACCCUGGCCUACGCCCUGACCAAGGUCAAGCAAUACCGACGUGGCCAUGACCGCAAGGACUGCUCCAUCAUGAUGCCCCUGUCGCCCUGUCUGCAGGAUGAGUGCUCUGACCAGUGCCCCGUCGUCCCUUCAUCGAGGUCCAGGUUCGCCUUCUCCGUCUCCGUCCUCGACUUGGACAUCAAGCCGUAUGAGAGCAUCCCCCAUCAGCACAAACUGGACGGCAAGAUUGUCAGCUCCUACCUGAAGAACGUGUGCCCCCAGAAGGAGCCCGUGAAGGCCGGCCUCCCCGAGGACUGCACCCUGGUCCUGCACAAGGUGUAGCAGCGGCCGGUGGGGUCUGCCUCGGGCCGGGCGGGAGGGAGGGGUGACAGGUGCUCGCCGUGAGUGUGUCUGCUCUGACCCUGUCGGAGGUGGGGUGGCCUUUCAGAAACCAAGAACAGGAGCACUUGAAGGGACUGGCGGCCCCCGCCCCAGGGAGGGCGAGCGGCGCCCUGGAUGAGGGCCGGGAACCAGACCCCGGAGGCCCACCCUCCUGCUGCAGCCAAUUUGGGGGGCUCGCCAAGCCCCCCACCUCCUCACAUCCUGCUGGACUUUGUCCCUGAACUUCCAAGAGGACCAGCCACUGCCCUCUGCCCUCACCCCAGAAGUGCUCUUGGUGCCGCCCCGCCUGCAGGGCGCUUGCUCUGUGUCCCUGGGCCUGGCGGCCUUGGGGUAGGGGGAGCGGGUGGGUGACUGCCCACAUGCUGCUAUUAAAAAUUAUGGCCUCAAUAGGGAAGGGGCGGGGGGGAGAGACUCUUCUUAGGCGGGCCCAAAUGCAGUUAUUUGCAGACCCAGCAGUGAGGCCCGCUCACUUAUUCACGAGGAGGCCAGUUGGCGCGCUUUGGAAGGGGAAGGUGGCUGCUCCCUCCUGGUCCCUGAGCCUCCGGGGGCCUAGCCGUGGCCCCCUUGCCGCAGUACGCCUCAGACCCGUGGCCCCUUUCUCCGUGCUCAGCCGCCUCGGGCUCUGUCCCUUGUGAUCUCUCAAACCUGUGUGUACUGAGGGCUAAGCUCAGGGCAAAUGGGGGUCUGGGCCAUCUGCCUGGGGGUACUGAUGCCCUCUGGGGGUUUGGACCUGUGGGAACAGCCCAGGUUGGCCCCCUCUUCAUCCCUGAGGGAGGUCUGCCUGCGGCCCUUACCCCUCUUCCAUGCCCCAAGUAAUGUGAAUCUGCAUUGGCCCCUGCCCUUGCUGGUGGCUCUGCCUGUGGCCCAGUCGCUUCCUUAGGCUGGCAGCCAUCCCCCAAGGGGUUUUCUGUAGGGUUCAGAACUCGCCCACCCUUUGGAGAGCAGAGAGUCAGGGAUCAAGAGCUGUGACAUUUGGUCAGCCUCAGCGAGUUCCUCAGCCUUGGCCGGGAGACUCAGUGACGCUCCUUUCGGGGGAAAGAUUGAGGCAAUGUGGUUCAUCCUAUGGGCGGUGGCCCUCUGGCCGCCCCCUCAGGCCCUCUGGGAUCUCUGUGGAGUCUGGACCUCCGGCCAGCCCCUGCCUCCCUCCUUCCCAGUUUUAGCUUGGCCACAUCUGAGAAGGAAUGAGGCUGUGAGCAGAGGCCCUUGAGACUUGCUAAGGUGCAGACAGGGUGCAGGCCCAGGGUGGCAGAUGUCAUCAGCUCCCCCACACAUGCACGCUUGCCCAUGUGGGGGUGUGUGGGCAUCCAUGCUCCCUCGAACACCCGUGGGCAGCAGCUCCCAGAAUCCUUUGCCGAUUCUUAUGCUCUGGGGCCCACCUGUGUCCACGGAGGGGCAGGAGACCCCCCCCCAGACCUGCUGCCUUGGGCAGUCAGAGCAGGGCUCUGGAGCGCACCUGUGCAGGCCCAGAGCCAGCCCCUUCUGUGGGGAGAAGGGAGGGUAGGAGGGAAGAUCCUGCCCUGGGACAGUGCUUCUGUGGGUUGUGAGUGCCAAGGGAGGGGGCUGGGCCCUGGGCGGGAGCGUCUCUGUGUUUGCAGAACCCCGGGCUUAGAGAACAUUGCGCCGCACCAGCACUGGGCCUGUGGCUUUUUAUUUAAAUGGCUCUAUUUAUUUUUCCCAUCGGACCCUUUCUAUCU